UGGAUGCUCCAGAUUGAAAACAAUGAGAUUCUCAUGAUAUUCGUCGAAUUUAUGUUAUCCAUGAACAAUUUCUUUCCGGAAAAGAAUGCUAUUACGAAACAAAACAUAUUAAGGGAUAAACUGGUGUUGCUCCUUUUCCUCUAAGUUGUCUGCCUCAGGAGAUAAAAGGCUUCAUUGAUGGGGAUGCUUUAUCCCAGAGAUGUGACAGUGCAUGACACACGUGAUGUGCAUGGUGUGCCUGGUCCAUAUUGAGAUAUUGAGUGCAAUGACAAUUGUGGGCUUAUCUUGGACUUGGUCAUGGCCUGGUAUUCCUAGAAAUAGACAAUAGGAGUUGCUGAAGGAUAAGAGGAAAACGAUCACCUCAAUCUUUCUGGCCCAGUAAUAAUAUACAGUGGAAAGACGUACACUAGCCUGACUAGGCCUAGUGUAUAGUACAAUUGGGCCUAGGAUCGGAGUCCGAGCUAGGCCUUCUCACCUGUUCAUUGAGGCUUUCCUUGGAUUUUCUUUGAUUGAAGCCAGUAGCAGAAAAUAACCUUCAAAAUGCCGGGCUUCUUUCUGCAGCUGAGAAUCCUCUUAUGGAAGAAUGUGACGCUCAAAAUAAGGACACCGUUCGUGCUGAUGUUUGAAGUGUUCAUCCCUCUGGUGCUGUUCUUCAUUCUGGUGGCGAUCAGAUCAAAGCAGCCUGCCAAGCCGAUGCACGCAAAGAACUUCCAUGCGCUACCACUGCCCUCGUCUGGGGUCAUCGCAGUUAUGCAGGCGUUUUGUGAUGGUGGGUACACAGGAGAUGAUGGCUUCGUGGAGUUCCCUAAUGCAAGUAUCCACAGCAUGCUCAGCCUGGCAAAGAACGUGGCCAGACAGAACAACUUCUUCAACCCGGGCUUUGAGCCGGAGGAUAUGGACAAGAUACCGGGCAUGUACAGAGAGAUCAUUGAUGACCCGGUUAUGAUACAUGAUGCGUUCAUCAAUGCUAAAAAUUUCACCUUUGGUUCUAUCAUCAGCAACCAGGGGGCGUUCCUCCACUUCCUCAUUCACAACCUCUCGAUGCCGGCAGACGACGCUCGCUCUCUAUUGGAUGUUAAAGUGAACUUUAAAGAGGUUUAUCGACUCCUGUUCGGUGGGACAGCUUCUUCAGACAAGGAACGCAUGACCUAUCUUCAUCGUCACAAGCGGGACGUCGGCAGCAUGCCGUUACAUUACUUCAGCAAGAUCCCAGACAAAGUCUCAGACUUUUUGAAUAAAUAUGGUGCUAGUUCAGGAUCAAGACCAGCAGUACCUUCUGGCAGUGACACUUCCAACCAACCAAUGGAGAACUUAUUAGCAGAACAUUUCAGGGAUUUUAAACAUGGAUUAUUAUACGCUGCAUUGGCGUCGCCAGAUUCAUUCCAAGGCAUGAAGCCCCAUCAGGUGGCGAGUUUAGCUGAGUUGCUGCUCGGUCUGAAGAGCCCUGGUGACUCUGACAUUGAUGAGAGAGCUGUCGUUGAUAUAUUGAAGCGUAUCCUCUUCUCUCCACCAACCCUUCACAAGCUCACCUGUGAUAAGAUGGAGUUCACGCGCCUCCUCAAACCCAGGAGUGAAUCGGACCAAGCUGCAUUGAAUAAGACCGAGGCAUUCCUGUGUGCCAUGAACGACACACAGUUUGAGGCGUUAUCUCAGGAACUGAACAACGUCAUCAAAGCAAAGGACAUCAUCAGGCUGCUGAACAUCAGUAAGUCCAACAUAACAGAGGCGAGGAAGAGGUUCGAGGAGUUCUCUAACAAUGUAAACACCUUUGUUGCGUUUGAGAAAACUCUUAUGGAACUGAGUGAGUUGGCGAAACACCUUCCACAAGAUGGCUGCCCUGCGGUUUACGAGGAGCCAGUUAUGAACAUGACGACCGCUGUACCACUCGAUGAGCUGAAUAUCACCUCCACAACUACAUCAACGCCACCUCCUGACACUAAACACCACAAGGACCGUGGGAAAUACAGCGGUCUGCUUCAGAUCUGGAUGGCGAUGCAGCGCACAGUCUGCGGCAAGCAGAUCAUAUCACAGGAGAAGUACCAGAAAUAUCAGGAGACUAUGGACUUAGGGACACUCGGCCUGAACAAGAACAUUGGUAUCCUCGUCCAUGUCUUAUACAGCAAUCCCAAGGUGCUCUACGCACCGAACGGCACUGACGCAGACCUCAUCAUCAAACAGGCGAACGAGACGUUCGCUCUCCUAGAUAAAGUGUCAGAAUAUGCAAGAAAAUGGUUGAAUAUUUCAGCAGAACUGCGUGAUUAUCUUAUGAAGAAUUCCACGGGGAAGAAUUUGGAGAAUCUACAACAGAUGCAAGCGGAGAUGAACGAGAUGAAUAUGUCGACCACUUUUGAUAAGUUCCUCGAUGAUAACAGUACAGAUGAGAGAGCUUACAGAGUGAAGCAGGUGCAAAGACAUCUAUUCAAGCAUGACUUCCACAAGGACGUUGACAUCCUUGACGCGUUUAUGAACAUGACAAUCCCCGAUGCCGAUGUCUUCCUCAACCAGCUGGAUAUCGUUGACAAUGCAGCGUGUUCUUGGCUCUCAUUGGUCCGUGGGAUGAGUCUCAACAUGUUUAAAGGAUUUAGGACUGAGGAGGAGCUCGUGACUUAUGCACUGGAGCAGGCCUACUUUGAUAACGUCACAGUCUUUGCCAGUGUGGUGUUUACCAAUCUAAACAAAGAUGGCUCACUUCCUCCACACAUCGUCUACAAGAUACGACAAAACGCCUCCAUGACAGAAACCACUAAACAGGUGCGGCCCAAGUACUGGUUCCCUGGGCCAAAGGACUGGGGCUACCAGUAUUAUCAGAUGGGCUUUGUGUGGAUACAGGAUGUAAUAGAGAGGGCGAUUAUCGACACGUAUGUCGGCCAUGAUGUGGUCGAGCCAGGCUCGUACUUCCAUCAGUUUCCUUAUCCGUGCUUCAUGGCUGAUCAGUUCCUGUUCAUGAUAGAGCAUGUGAUGCCACUCUGCCUGACGAUCUCGUGGGUCUACUCAGUGGCGAUGCUCGUACAGAGUAUUGUAUACGAGAAGGAGCAGAGACUCAAGGAGGUGAUGAAAAUGAUGGGUCUGAGCAACGCGGUGCAUUGGUGUGCCUGGUUCAUCACGAGCUGUGCCCAGAUGACCGUUACCAUGGGGAUACUGACGCUCAUGUUGAAAUAUGGCAAGGUGCUCACGUACAGCAACCCCCUCCUCAUCUUCCUUGUACUGGAGAUCUUUGCCAUCGCUACCAUUCUUUUCUCGUUCUUAGUGAGUGUGUUGUACUCGAAGGCUAAGCUAGCUGCAGCCUGCGCUGGCAUCGUCUACUUCCUGAGCUACGUCCCAUAUAUGUACGUGGCCAUCAGGGAGGAGGCCGCUGGUGAUCACAUCUCGGCCUGGGCAAAGUCUAUUGCGUCCCUAUUCUCGACCACCGCCUUUGGCCUUGGUGCCAAAUACUUUGCCUAUUAUGAGGUAGAGGGCGUUGGUGUGCAGUGGGAUAACAUCGUGUCAUCACCAGUGGAGGCAGACCAGUACAACUUAUUCUCCGUAGCUCUGAUGAUGAUCAUCGACUCUAUUGUCUACGGUCUCCUUGUGUGGUACAUCGAGGCAGUACAUCCAGGCUCCUAUGGUCUGCCUAAGCCGUGGUACUUCCCCUUCACCAAGACCUACUGGUUCGGCCACAAUAUCCGGACUGAGUCAGAGCAGUGUGGUAUUACCACUUGUUGCCUGAAGAGGGCAGGGCUGUCGGUGAUUGAGGAGGACCAGGCAUGUGCCAUGGAACAGACGGACCAUGCGACUGACUUCGAGCCUGAGCCAUCUCAUCUCCCUCAGGGUGUCCGCAUCGAGAAUCUCUCCAAAGUCUACAAGACUGGCAAACGCGCUGUGAACAAGUUGAGCUUGAAUCUCUAUGAAGGUCAGAUCACAUCAUUCUUGGGACACAACGGAGCUGGCAAGACAACAACCAUGUCCAUCCUGACAGGUCUCUUCCCACCCACAGCCGGCUACGCCUUGGUCUAUGACCUUGACAUUAGAACAGACAUGGAGGAGAUACGCAAAAGUCUCGGCUUUUGUCCGCAGCAUAAUGUGCUCUUUGACAAAUUGACAGUUGAGGAGCACCUGUGGUUCUACGCCCGCCUCAAAGGCAUGCAGAACCGGGAUAUCGCCAAAGAGAUGGAGUCGAUGAUCCAAGAUGUCGGCCUCCCGAAGAAACGUGGCAGCACUGUUGAUUGCUUGUCUGGUGGCAUGCAGAGGAAGCUCUCGGUUGCCAUAGCGUUUGUUGCCGGAUCGAGGACCGUGAUCUUGGAUGAGCCAACAGCGGGGGUGGAUCCAUAUGCUAGAAGAGCCAUCUGGGAUCUGCUUAUCAAGUAUAAGAGAGGGCGAACGAUUCUGCUCUCGACGCAUCACAUGGAAGAAGCGGACAUCCUCGGUGACCGCAUCGCAAUCAUAUCUAAUGGCAAGCUGAAAUGCUGCGGCUCAUCUCUCUAUUUGAAGAGUGUGUUUGGCGAUGGAUAUCUGCUGACCAUCGCCAAGAAACAGAAGGACGAUGAUGUGCUCAGUGCUGAUACGCUGUCAGUAGAUGAUGACACCAUCCACUUUGCUAAUGAUAACCCGACAUUUGUGUCGAAAUGUUCCCAAGAAAAAGUGACUGACUUCAUCAACAAGUACAUCUCGACAGCCUACAACAUCGCUGAAUCAAAUCGCGAGCUGCGUUAUAUUCUCCCAUUCGAGGAGUUAAGGAAAGGCAACUUUGAGAAGUUCUUUGAUCUGUUUGACUCUGCCCUGUCGCAGCUGGAGAUUAGUAGUUAUGGCGUCAUGGAUACGACCUUGGAGGAAGUCUUCUUGAAGGUCACAGAGAAAGCACGCAUUGAAGAAGACCCAAGCGAAACCAGCACUCCGGAGGAGGAUCUUAAACCAGAGAACACAACACUCGAUCAAGUGGCCUUGACCCCUAGUCCAGAACCCUCUGACCUUCCCGACCUUGAUAACAACUCUAUGACAAAUCUGCUCAUAGGAAGCAGCAGCGACAAUGCCAGCAUGACAUCACAACCCAUUAGAUCACAUGACACACGUGACACGUCGCCGCAGCACGGGAGCUAUUCACUGCUUGCAAAUGAUGAUGAUGAUGAUGAGGUGCCUGACCUUGGGUCAAGGUCACAAGGUCGUGGAGAUAAUCAAUAUACUCGAUUGGAAGACAUGGAUGCUACAUUUGAUAAUGAUGGUAUUGACAAUGAAGGUGGAGGUAGCUACCAUGUCACUGGCAACGCACUGAGAUUACGACAGUUCUACGGGGUCAUCGUGAAACGCUUCUUCUACGUUUGGCGAAACUGGAAGGGCCUCUUCUCGCAGAUUCUGCUGCCUGCUCUGUUUGUGUGCAUUGCCAUGACAGUAGCUCUUACAGCACCCCGGGUGAAAGAUCUGCCUGAGUUGGUCCUCAGUCCCGCACAGUACUACAACUAUACUCAGCCAAGAGGAAACUUUAUUCCGUUUGCAAACAAAUGUUACCAGAAAGGUUGCCAGAGGACAAACGAUGCAGGACCUCAAAAGAUAAUUGACACUUUCAAAUUUACUGGAUCAUCUGCCACGUGUUUGCUGAAGUCACCAGAUAUGAAGCCACCAGCUGUGAUGGAACGCUUAAAGAAUUUGGACUUGACGGGGAAAUGGCGGUUUUUGUCGCGAUAUUUUGAGCCUGAGUGUCGCAAUGUUUACGUCAAGGGAUUCCAUCUGGAGAAUUUUGUGCCACCGUCGUCGUUUCUUCUGCCGAGUGAGGUAAACACAUCCAAGUUAGAUUCUGUCACAAGUUCACCUGUACCGAAAUACUACCCCGACUGUGAGUGUGCAGGCGAUGGUCGUGGCUUUAUCUGCCCAACAACUGGCUUCAAUGAUCCUCCUGACUUCCAAACCAUCACCAGCGACAUCUUCCAAGAUGUCAGCACCCAAGACGAGGCGCAGUUCUUCUUGAAUACCAAUGAUCUGUAUCGUCUCCAUAGAUACGGUGCCAUGUCGCUCGGCACCAUUAGAGAUUACGUCCCUGAGGAUUUUGGUGACAGUGCACCGUCGCUGUUUAGGAGAUUGGCUGUGAGGAACGUUGCAAAGAUCCACUACAACAAUCGUGGCUACCAUGCCAUGCCCACCUACCUGAACACCAUCAACAACGCCAUCUUACGGGCCAACCUGCCAAGGGGGAAGGGCAACCCAGCGGCGUACGGGAUUACUGUCAUCAACCACCCGAUGAAUAACACAAAUAAUCAGCUGACCAUGGAAUACAUCCUGCAAGGAUCUGAUGUUCUCAUCUCCAUCUUCAUCAUUGUGGCCAUGUCGUUUGUCCCGGCCAGCUUCGUCCUCUUCCUGGUUUAUGAACGGUCCAUCAAAGCCAAACAUCUCCAGUUCGUCAGCGGCAUUAAUCCAGUCAUCUAUUGGCUGGCGAAUUAUGUCUGGGACAUGUGUAACUACUUGGUGCCUGGUGUCUGCUGCAUCAUCAUCCUGCGUGUCUUCGACAUUCCCGCCUAUGUGUCUGCCACCAACUUCCCUGCUACAAUCUCCCUCUUCCUGAUGUAUGGCUGGUCGAUCACACCUAUGAUGUAUCCAGCAUCGUUCUGGUUCAAGGAGCCGAGCACGGCGUAUAUCUGCCUGAUUGUGGUCAACCUCUUCAUCGGGAUAACGUGUAUCGUGACGAGCUUCCUACUCGAGUUGUUCUCUUAUGAUAAUGAACUCAAUGAGAUCCACGAAGUGUUGAAGGUGAUCUUCCUCAUGUUCCCCAACUACUGCCUGGGACGAGGUUUAAUGGAUAUCGCCUUUAAUGAGUAUCACAAUGAGUUCUACUUUAAAACAGGUCAAUACGACAAGAUGAAGUCGCCAUUCGAGUGGAAUUUGAUGGCAAGGAAUCUGGUUGCCAUGGCGUCCAUGGGUUUCAUCUUCUUCAUCAUCACUCUCUUGUGCGAGGUCAGGUUCUUUGUCAAGUCAAAACAUCGUCCCGUCUCAAAAGCACCGAUCCCCAAUGAAGAUGUGGAUGUGGCUGCUGAGCGCCGUCGCGUCCUCCGUGGCAGUGGCAGACAUGAUCUCCUCCGCCUGGAGAAUAUCACCAAAGUCUACAAGACCAAGAAGCUCGGGCGACACCUGGCAGUUGACAGGUUGUGCCUCGGUGUGCCGCAGGGCGAGUGUUUUGGUUUGUUGGGUGUGAAUGGCGCUGGAAAGACGACAACGUUUAAGAUGUUGACGGGAGAUAUACUGCCGACUGGCGGCAAUGUUCACCUUGAUAGCCAUAGCAUCCUAAACGACAUGCUGAAAGUCCAACAGAAGAUCGGCUACUGUCCUCAGUUCGAUGCGUUAUACGAUGAACUCACAGCGCGGGAACAUCUCCAGUUGUAUGCGCGGCUACGUGGCAUACCGCGUAAAGAAGAAGCGUCUGUGGUCUCAUGGGCUCUGCGUAAACUCUCACUCGUACAAUAUGCAGAUAAACCAUCAAAGAUGUAUAGCGGUGGGAAUAAACGCAAGCUGUCGACAGCGAUUGCUCUGAUUGGUCAUCCUCCUGUGAUACUUAUGGAUGAACCGACUACCGGGAUGGAUCCACAUUCACGUCGCUUCCUCUGGGAUCUGAUCCUGAACCUGAUCAAGAAAGGACGAUCUGUCAUCCUCACUUCACACAGUAUGGAGGAAUGUGAAGCGUUGUGUUCACGCCUGGCCAUCAUGGUGAAUGGAGAGUUCAAGUGCCUCGGUAGCAUACAGCAUCUCAAGUCACGCUUCGGUGAGGGCUACACCCUGACCGCCCGCGCCAAGGGACCUAACUAUGAAAGAGAGUUGGAGGCGAUUAAGAGAUUUAUUGAGAGGAACUUUGUUGGUGCUGUGCACAGGGAGGAGCAUUAUAACAUGGUCCAAUAUGAACUCACGUCAAACAACUUGUCGUUGUCACGUGUCUUUGCCAAGAUGGAGGAGAUGUCAGGUGACCUGCAGCUGGAGGAUUACUCCGUCUGCCAGAACACACUAGACAAUGUUUUCAUCAACUUUGUCAAGAAGCAGAGUGAGAUUGUACGAGAGAGGGAGGACACAGACGAGGUUGUCCCAGACAACCAAUCAGAGAGCUUGUUACUUCAGCACAGCAGCUAUCGGCGUGAACAGACUCUACAUGAUGAUGAUGAUGAUGAGUUGUUAGAUUUUGACCAACCAGGAACGAGAUUGGCUUUCAUAAACAUGGAACCGGUUGUCAACGUGUAAUCAUCAGUUGCCAUGGUGACUAGAAGUUGUUUGGAUUAAGGAAAGAUUAAAAACAUGACAGAAUGUGGUAUCAACUUGACGGGGCAAAGACUUCCUGUAACAACAUGACGUGGAUUAAGACAGUGACUGGUUGCAGGAACUUUCCUGGCAGAUAUACUGACGUCAGAUCUUCAAACUUGAGUGGUGAAUUUGCUACAGUAUGACAUUCAUGAAAGAUGGCCUGCUGCCUAUGAGGUGAACUCUGUGAUGGUAUGAGUGGAGACAUCAGCAGGUUAAGAGGUUUUGGUGAAGUUUGUAGACUAAUGUGAGAUUCAGUAUUUUUGAUACAAUUUUCUCUCAUCUGAAGAGUUCUGUUACGACGACUCUGCUUAUGCAUAUUCUCAGUUUAGUUGGUUGUGUAAGAACUUGCCGUUAAUUCUAAAGGUUGUCACAGAAAAAUGGUAUCCUUAUUUCAUAUGAAUUGGACUGUUAAUGUUGCAGUGAAUGACUGUGCUGACACCACCAGCCGGGGCCAGCACAUAGUUGUGGUUGCAGGAGACCUCAGUUGAGCUGAGAUGUGAUAUAUCUUACUUGGGUUAUCUGAUCCAUGUACUGAGAGAAGGUGGCUCGCCUUGGUCUCUAGUUUAACCCUUUCACUGCCAGUCUGGGCUUAACUCUUGCAGGCUUCCAGUCAACACAUGGGUGGACUAUCUGCUGUCUGGCAGGGAAAGGGUACUUGCUUAACUUUUGUGAUGGGCUCAUCUCAUCUUGUAUGAGCUUCUAGCUUCCGUGUUGAAGGGGAGUCUUAGCUUGACCUGGCUUUAAUUAGAAACUGUAGAAAAACUGACAUUUUGUGCAGGUGUCAUAUUUUCCUAUUCAUCUGAGCGCUGUAUGUAAAUUAUUGUGGAAGUGAUGUUGUUAAACUGACCUUAGUCUUUAUCUGUGAAGAGAAACAGUUUGAAGAGUGAGUGUUUCUGGUGUUGUUUCAGGGUCAAACUUUAGAUUGUAAACUGGUCGUGAUUGUGAGUUUGUUAUCUUAUGAUAUGUAUGAGGUGUUGAAGUGACAUCAUCAUAACCAUUGCUUGCCGCACACAAGCCAAUCUGAAUAUGCAGAUUCACGACUUGCAUGUGAGCCAUUAUUUUCAAACUCUUUGCCCUGAAUCAGUAUUUUCAGAAACUUUGAUCGUGUUAUGUGUGUGGCUGGCAUAACAUGUUUUUGAAUUUGUAAAUAGUGACAUGAAUGCGCUUGAGACGAACCCUUUGUGAUGAUAAUGGUUGUUUCCAUUGACUCUGUUGUAAAUGUCUUUGCCCAAUAUACAAGUAAGGGAGGCGGGUACUUUAGGGUCUCCACAGAAUAUUAAGAUGUAGCUACAUUUUCAUAACAUUUUUCUCUGUUUUACUUUCUAUGUGUCGUUGCCAUGCCUACCAAAAGCUGUCCUUGACCUGCGGGCCAUAUUCUACAUUUUUGACAAAAUCCGACUGGUUUUUAAUGUAGGUUUUGGCUUAUUCCAUGAGCCCCACUGGCCUCCUAGUAGUGGGAUGUUCACUUUCAAUAUAACACAACGCACUCCCCCACAAAGAAAGUUCAAAUGAGUCGGCAAGGUACAUAGAGGAUGCGUUCCAUUCAGAGAUGUCACUGUCAAAGUGAACGCCUUGCCCAAGGUGACCGUCGUUCAUCAAGACAGACGUUGUAUAUAUGCUUCAUGUAUUUAUUGGUUGUAGAUAGAGCAGUGUAAAUACACUGUAGUCCCCUGUCUUAUCCGAGACAAGACACCCCUCUAUGAAGAUAAUGGUAGCUUCCAUUGACUGUUCUGUAAAUGUUCAGGUCCAGUCAAAGGGGGAGUGGGUACAUCUUUAAGGAGUUAGGGUGUUACUCCAGUGACUAUUUGAGUAGUUAAUUGUGCGAAAGUACAAUGUACAUGUAUCGAUCGUUAAUUUACUAAUGUCCUCAACCUCUCAAAUUUCUUCAUUCGAAUACUUCAUUGAUUGUUGGUGCAAAAUACACUAUUACUAUUAUGUAAA